UGUCGAUUUUCCCUCCCCCUCCGAGGGCUGUUCCGCUUCCAUCACUCGCCUCCCCCCGAUUAUAGCUGUUUCUCCCAUCUACGAGCAGGCGACUAACAUGGAUGUUGUAAAUCAGUUGGUUGCCGGUGGACAGUUCAGGGUGCUGAAAGUCCCACUGGGCUUUAUCAAAGUCUUACAAUGGGUGUUUGCCAUCUUUGCAUUCUCCACCUGUGGGAGUUACUCCGGCUCCUUCAGGAUGAGCGUGGAGUGCAGAAACAGAUCAGACAGUGACCUGAAAAUAACUGUGGAUUUUGAGUAUCCCUUCAGGCUUCAUCAAGUAUAUUUUGAUGCCCCUGUCUGCAAGAAUGCCCAAAAGGAGCGUUUCUUCCUGAUUGGGGAUUACUCAUCCUCAGCAGAGUUCUUCGUCACCAUAGCUGUUUUUGCAUUCCUGUAUUCCAUGGCAGCUCUCAGCAUCUAUGUCUUUGCCUUUGAGAAAUACCGUGAGAACAAUAAAGGACCACUUAUUGAUUUUGGUGUGACGUGUGUAUUCACCUUCAUGUGGCUGGUGAGCUCGGCAGCAUGGGCUAAGGGCUUGUCUGAUGUCAAGACAGCUACAGACCCAGAGAAGGUUCUAGAACUGGUCCCCGCUUGUGAACAGGAAGGCAACCACUGCCGUGAAGUUUACGACCCUGUCAUGUCUGGUCUUAAUACUUCUGUGGUCUUUGGCUUCCUCAACCUGAUCUUGUGGACGGGUAACCUGUGGUUCGUAUUUAAGGAGACCGGGAUCAUCGCACCAUUUAUGCGCCAACAGCCCCCCCAGGAGAAGCAGCCUGCCCCUGAUUCCCAUGGGCAGGGAGGUUAUGGGCAGCAGGACCCAUACGCCGGCUCCCAGGGAGGCUACCAGCCCGAUUACAGCCAGCAAGGCUACAAUCAAGGUGGAGACUACGGUCAGGGUGGAUAUGAACAGCAGGGGGCACCCACCUCCUUUUCCAACCAGAUGUGAGCGAAGAAAUAUCUGAGGAAGCAGGAAAUGGCUG